CAGUAGAUAAAUUCAAGACUUAAAAGCCCCUCCAAAAGGCCUUCCUGAGAGACAAUAGUCCUUCGACUUUGCAUUCCUUCCUCCUUUCUUUUUUGUAUGGCGUGGCACAAAUUGAAAGUCUCCUACUUCAUUACCUAUAGUAAGGCUUCCAGAAGGGUUUUUUUUGGACGAAGUUCAGAAGGCCUUUUAGAGGAGUUUUCCUAAAGCUGCCUUUUUAAUUCAUAAAAAUUGUAUUUCUUAGGUAUAUUCGUUUAAAGUGCAUACCCAAUUCGGUUUAUUGCAACUUAAAAUACACUUUAAAAUUCGUUUGGAUUGCUAAGUAAUAUGAACUUAUAAAUUUGCGUCAAUUGUAAAUAGGAAAAGUUCUCCUAGAAGGCAAGCAGAGAGCACUUUUUUCAGCCCGUCUUGGAUAAACCUUUUAGAAUUGGUUCACUUAAGAAGGCCUACCUAAAUUUUCUUCUGGGCAUGUAUACUUAUAAUCUGUUCAUCAUUUUCCAAACAAAUAAUAAUCACUCCACACACAUGGUCGCAUAUUUACCAAAACGACGUAGUGAAGUACAAGUGUGAAAACAAAAAUUUACAUGUACAUACAUACAUACAUAUGUAUAAGUAAAUACAUAUGUAUAUAUAAAUAGUACCGCUCUUGAUAAGUUUUCAAUUCUGUUUUAAAGGGAAUACUCUUGUAUGUAUGUAGGAAAGAACCAAUCUGUAGAGUUCUUUCUGCAUAUUCCUUCACUAACCUCUGCUAGGUUACUUCAAGUCAGUGAAAUAUGUUAGAAAUAUUUGGAUCCGUUCUCCAGCGCCUUUUGGGAGGGGAUACACCACCUAACAAAGUUCUUGAAAUCAAAGGCGAAUCAUUGGGAAGCUUGCUGGUAAUAGGACGGGAUGAAGGUAUGGUACUGUACUCGCCACCAUUCAAUUCUGUAGAUAAGAAAGCGGGCUAUGAAAUUGUGCUCCAACGCCAUGUCAAUGAUCCCGCAAACACAUGCUUCAGCUUAUAUCGUUCACCCCUUCAACAGGACGCCGAAGAUAGGUUCAACGCCUUCGUACAUCGCUUGCCUGUGUUCGUUACUAUCGUAAAGGAGUUUUACAACGUUAACGGGCUGCAAAAAGUAUGUGAUGCGUUGGCAGAAAAUCCCUCCUGGUCAUUGGCACACUUGGUUGCCUAUUUCAAUCUCGUUGACUACGUAAGUAAUCCGAAAGUAUUGGAAUUCAUCGAUUAUGCUGAUCAUGUGCAUCUGAUGUCGCCAUUUCAGCUUGCCAUAAAAAGCGGAAACAAUGAAAUGGUUAAGACGUUGCUGCCGCUUUGUAAAAUGGAACAUCUGGAUAACAAUAGUAACUCCGUAUUUCAUUAUGCCGCUAGUACAAACAAAGAAAUCAUAAACUUGUUGACCGCAAAAAGUACAGAAAAUCUCAAUCACAUAAAUUCGGAUGGUUUUCCGCCAUUACAUUUAGCCUGUUUGUCGGAUAAACCCGAAUGCGUAAAAGCUUUACUAUUAGCUGGCGCAGAUGUUAACUUAAAUGCCAAGAAUAUGAGUAAAAUAUACAAGACUAGUACACCUACUUCGGUUGCGGAAUUUCUCAAAACCAAUGCAAAUAAGCUAUACACUCAGGAUAUGAAAUUCGGCGGCACUCCGUUGCAUUGGUCUUCUUCGCGUGAGACAUUACAUGCGCUCAUUAAGCAGGGAUGCGAUGUCAAUGCCACAAAUUUUGACGGACGCACCGCCUUACAUGUGAUGAUUGCUCGAAACCGUUUUGAAUGUGUUGUUACACUCCUAGCUCAUGAUGCUGAUAUUGAUGUAUUCGAUAAAGAUGGAAACACCGCUUUACACAUUGCCAUCGAAAAGAAAUUGGUACCUAUCGUGCAAUGCCUAGUGGUUUUCGGUUGCGAUAUUAAUUUAAAAAAUAAGGAUGGGAAAACACCGCGACACAUGGUUGGUAGUGAUUCAAACGGCGGUAAAGAAAGUGAAAUACUCUAUAUUUUGCAUUCAGUUGGGGCUAAACGAUGUCCAGGAUCGAGUACAAAAUGCCCAGCUGGUUGUAACGCUAAAGGCUCCUACAAUGGUAUACCACCUGAGUCCCCAGAACCAGUCGAGCAACGUGAGCAUAUUGAAAGUAUGCUGGCAUCAACUAGCCGCCAAGCAAUGGAUGGUCUCUUUGGUUCAUCCUCUAAUGGUAGCGCAUUGACACCGGAGCCUACAGUUAUUAUUGAUACUGAAAUAGAACAAAAGGGCCAAAGUAUAAUGGAUGCGUUGCUCGGAAUGUUUACCACCAAAGUAAAUAACGACAGCAAAAAAGUAUCGCCUAGCAACAGUCUUGAAGGAGAGGGUAGUGGAGAUGCGAGCGCAGCUGCAACUCCAACUACACCAGCUUCAAUCGGCAGCGAAUCUAGCAAUAAAAGCGAAAAACCUUAUGGCCGCGGACGUUUAUUGUGCCUGGAUGGCGGCGGUAUCCGUGGCCUUGUGCUUGUCCAAAUGUUACUCGAAAUCGAAAAGCUCUCACAAACUCCCAUUACUCAUAUGUUCGAUUGGAUUGCUGGCACUAGCACUGGCGGCAUUUUAGCACUUGGUCUCGGCUGUGGUAAAACAAUGCGCCAGUGUAUGGGGCUGUAUUUGCGCAUGAAAGAACAAUGCUUUGUCGGGUCACGUCCCUAUCCAAGUGAAUUGUUCGAAAAUAUAUUGAAGGAUAACUUAGGUGAAUAUACAGUAAUGACUGAUAUCAAACAUCCAAAAAUUAUGAUAACCGGUGUAAUGGCUGAUCGCAAGCCGGUAGAUUUGCAUCUGUUCAGAAAUUAUCACAGCGCCAGUGAUAUCCUAGGAAUAGUUACGCCAAUAAACAAUCGCCGUGUACCGCCCCCACCUCCGGAAGAGCAACUAGUUUGGCGUGCAGCUAGAGCUACUGGCGCAGCACCAUCAUAUUUCCGUGCGUUCGGACGUUUUCUCGAUGGUGGAUUAAUCGCCAACAAUCCGACUUUGGACGCUAUGACCGAAAUUCAUGAAUACAAUAUGGCACUGCGCAGUGUUGGACGUGAAAAGGAGGCAAUUCCGGUUUCUAUUGUAGUCUCUCUUGGUACCGGUCUGAUACCAGUAACCGCACUCAAAGAUAUUGAUGUAUUCCGCCCGGAAAGUAUAUGGGAUACCGCUAAAUUAGCCUAUGGGAUCUCAACAAUUGGCAACUUGCUCGUCGAUCAAGCAACGGCUUCAGAUGGUCGUGUCGUUGAUCGGGCACGUGCUUGGUGCAGCACAAUCGGAGUACCCUAUUACAGAUUCAAUCCCCAAUUAUAUGAAGAUAUUGCUAUGGAUGAAAAGGAUGAUCAGAAAUUAAUCAAUAUGUUAUGGCAUGCUAAGGCCUACAUGCACAACAAUCGUAACAAAAUAAUAGAAAUGAUUAAUUUAUUAAAAUAGCACAUAAGAAAAAUUUAGACCGUUUCCAAUAUAUCCAUUUAAAGUAAUUUCAAAAAUGUUUAGAUAUAAUAGUUAUUUGUUAGGGUAUGUACGCAGUUACAAAUAAAAUAGUGCAGCUGGUUCUUCACAAAAAAAAACGAGGCGGUUUAAAAAUAUAAUCUUGAAUUUUAUGAGCAAGUGCUUUAAAAAAUUCUGUGGCACCUAAAUUCACACAAAUGCAAAGCUGCAUAUACAGGCGUACAUACAUAUGUAAAUCUUUUUUAAAAUAACGCAGAAUAUCUUAAACUAGAUAAGAUACAUAGAUGGCAGAAGCCCAAGCGACUUUCCCAAAAUACAUAUUUACCAAAAUUGCCAACUGUCAGUCACCUGUUAGGUAAGCGUUUGCUAUACGUAUGACAAUAUCUUAGUAACGCCAUCUACAAAAUCGAAAGUAAAUCGACUACUGCUAGUACCAACAGUUAAAAUUAUAUUUAUGUACAUGUAUUUUAGAUUUUGAUAUGAGCCCAAUUCGAUACGAAUACGAAUACGAAUUCACAAAUGUCACUUUCGAGCAACUUGUGAACCAACCGACUUACAUAUAAAACCAUCAAAACGCGAACAAAUUUGAAUAUGACAAUUUUAGCUGGGCUGAGUCGGAUAUAUAUUUCAUGUACAUUUGUGUAGCCUAUAAUAGCGGCUUUAUUAUAUCUUUUAGGUUCGAUAAAAUUCAAAGAGAAAAUAUUACUAUAUUUUUUAAUUCAAAGAUCAUCUCAACGCCUUUAUUCUACUUUUUAUUGUUCUGCUUACGAAGAAACUUUAUUAAUAAGUCUAAUCAAAUACAUACUGUGACUGAAACAAGUGACCCCGUAUUGAUUUUUUUUUUUAAUAUUCGUAAUGUUUUUCGACUUUUUUUUAG